AUGUCCCAAGGUAAAUUGUUCAUCUACAACACUCCAAGAGCCGCUCCUUCCAAGGCUAUCAUUGAGCACUUCAAGUUGGACUUCCAAGUUCUUGAAGAUCCAAACGAAUUGAAGGCCAAGUUCCCAAGACACAGAAUCCCAUCUUUGUUGCUAAAGAACGGUACUCAAAUCACCGAGUCCAUUGCCAUUGUCAACUACUUGGUUAACCAAAUCGAUGACGAAAAGGUCAAGGCUGAUUUGCUAGGUAAGAACGAGCUUGAGAAGGCUCAAGUCCUACAAUGGUUGUCCAUGACUACCGUUGACUUGUUCAACCACCUUGGUGCUUUGUACUUGACCUCCAUCAAGAAGUUCGCUUACACCAAGCCAUCCGUUGACUACCACUUCAGUUUGAUCAACGAGGUUGCUGACUUCAUGGAACAAAGAUUGACCCACUACACUUACUUGGUCGAUGAAAGAGCUACUUUGGCUGACGUCUACGCUUACUACAUGUGUGUCUUGGCUUUCGGUCUAAUCUUCGGCCCUGAAUUCCCAAAGGCUCACCCAGCUCUAACUAGAUGGUACAAGACUAUGAUGGACCACCCAAUCAUCAAGUCCUCUCCAUCUCUUUUCCCAGCUUUCGCUGAGAAGGACAUCGAAUUGACUCCAAAGAAGGAAACUAAGAAGAAGGAAGAAAAGAAGACUGAGAAGAAGGCUGAAAAGAAGGAAGAAAAGCCAGCUGCUGAAGCUCCACAACAAGAAAAGAAGCCAAAGCACCCAUUGGAAGCUCUUGGUAGAUCCACUUUCGUCCUAGACGAAUGGAAGAGAAAGUACUCCAACGAAGACACCAGACCAGUUGCUUUGCCAUGGUUCUGGGAACACUACAACCCAGAAGAAUACUCCUUGUGGAAGGUCGGUUACAAGUACAACGACGAAUUGACCAUGACUUUCAUGUCCAACAACUUGGUCGGUGGUUUCUUCAACAGACUGUCCGCUUCCACUAAGUACAUGUUCGGUUGUCUAGUUGUCUAUGGUGAAAACAACAACAACGGUAUCGUCGGUGCUGUCAUGGUCAGAGGUCAAGACCACGUCCCAGCCUUCGACGUCGCCCCAGACUGGGAAUCCUACGAAUACACCAAGUUGGACCCAACUAAGGAAGAAGACAAGGAAUUUGUCAACAACAUGUGGGCUUGGGAUAAGCCAGUUGUUGUCAACGGUGAAUCUAAGGAAAUCGCUGACGGUAAGGUUUUGAAAUAA